CUCACUGAAACGGAGCAGCCAUUUUUGUUUCAUGUCGGAAAGCUCCGUUAAGUGCGUUUGAUGCGUUUUGGACUCUAAAGAUACCUGAAUUAUUUAUGCAUCCCAUCUUUGGAUGGGAACCAUGAAUUGUGAAGCACCAGGUGUGGAGAGGGCAGUUCUUUCCUGGUCAAGAUUUGCUUCAGCUGGCCAGACUGCCCUCAAGGAGGCCCUGAAGGUCUUCAAUCCCAUAUCCCAGGAUCUAUCUGACACUGAGAGGCAAAUGGUGUCCUUUCUUCAGGAGUUAAGAGAUGAAGGUCUUAAGCCUGUGGUUCUAAGGAGCAAAGAUGUAUAUGGAUACAGGUCUUGCACAACAUGGCCUCUCACAUCAGAGUCUGGCAGUAAUAUACAGAGAGUGCAGAAAUCUAGCAAGAAACGAGGACGAAAGUCAUUGAAGAACAAGGACAUCAGUUGCUUGCUUCUUAGUACAGAUGCCAAGGCCAUCCUACAAAAGCAACCCAAGAUUCUACUGACCAAUCUCUCAGUGGACACUCUAAAGCAGACCAUUUCGUCAAAAACACCAGUGCCGACUGAUAGUUUUGUCCAAGCACAGCAGUGCCUGAAAUUAACCAACAUAAAGGGCAUGAGUGGUGGCCAUACUGCAAGGCUGCAAAUCCACUUUGGAGCAGAUCCACAAAGUCCAGUUGCUCCCACUCUUCAGUGCCCACCAACUCUAUCUGGUAUACCACACUCUCCUUCAGAAAACAGCAAUCAAACAUCAAGUGCAGUUUCUUUGGACAAUAAAAGAGGCUUGUCCUGUCCAGUCAAAGUGGAUGAUGCCCUCAUUGGAGAUUCUGCCCCAGUGGUUUGUCAGAAUGGGAUAAGCCUGAAAGAAGUUAACAAAAAGAUCCAGUCAGUAUCAGGUAAACCUGAUGUGACGAGCAGUGGUGCACACUGUGGGGAAAGUGAUUCAGUGAGGAGGAUGAACUACGAAGGUUUAGGUUGGUCUCAGCCAACACUCAGUAAUGGCCAGGACUUGUCUAGACUUAAUGAAAAUGGUCUUCAGUGGAAAGUCAUCAAAGUAGAUGAGUCUGUCACUGAUGAGGAGCUGAGGAGGGAGGCUCAGAAAAUCUUGCAAGUUAAUUUAUCGCCUGUGAUACAGAUUCAGCCGCUUGUACACACUGUAUAGAAAUCAAAAGUGAAUUUUAUAUCUAUAUAUACUGUUAGAUUUUCUUACAUUGUGUCAUAGCUUGGGUCAAAACAUGACAGUCUGGAUAGGAGUCUUAUUCCAAAUUAUGCAUUAUUCACAUGUGCAACUGACAUCAGUGAUCCAAAGAGGGAGAUCAUACUUUCCUUUUCUUUUACAUAAGUGUUCCUGCUUUCAUAUUAUCCUUGUAGUUGAAUUGCAUUAUACCUAAAAGUUAAAUCACAAUUCUAUCACUAUGCAGUGUUCUAACACACUUCAUCUUUCUUAGAACUGCUGAGAACCAGAAAUUAGGAAUGAAACGUUUCUAGAGUGACUUCAGUUCAAUACCGUUUGGGAGAAGUGAUGCCCUAAAAGUUUUUAUUUUGUUUGAUGUUUUCAGCAUUUUUGAACAUCCUUAGGUAUUUAAUAAAUUUAAACACCAUUUGCUUUCCAAAGUAUAAGUAUAUAGGCAGGAACUGCGGAAAAAAUGUAUUUAGUUUGUAAAGGUGCAGGGGGAGGAUUACAUUUGCAUCACAAAAUGGUGAGAGUGACGACUGUCACUUGUUUUCCUGCAGCUGAUUUCUGAAUGUCUUGCCCCUUGAACCAGGGCUGUUGUCCAGCACAGCAUUGUAAAUUUGCAGGCCUUUUGUAAAAAACAUCAUAGUAAAACUGCGAUUUGUUAGUAACAAUUGGUGAAUGUUUUAUGUAAUUUAGUGUACCUUCCUAAUUUAGGAAGUUCAUAGCAAGUUCAUUGACGAAUACAUAAAUGAUACUGAUAUAAAUUCUUGUUCUGUCAAUUUAUUGGUCUCUCUCUUUUUGCUCUAUGGUUUAAGUAUUAUUUUAUGUUCAGUUAUGUUAAAUUGUUGUUACAUGCUUUUAAUAAUACUGCUGGGGAACUCGGGACAACCUAUUACUACAGCUAGCUGUCAAAUUAAAACAAAUUAAUUUCCAGUUGUUGGACAAUGGCUCUGCUAUUUCUAUCUUGCUGUAUUUUUUUUUUUUUCUUUUAUUAGUUGGCAUCUACCAGUCCUGUAGGUUUUCUGCAGACAGCAGAAGCAGCACAUUUUAGCUUUGUUGACAGAAUGGGGAAGAAGGGAUGAUAUUUACAAAACCAUCUGGACUUGGUUCCUCAAAUACUAUGUGAUGUGGUAGAGUGGGUAUCCUCAUACACGCUUUCCCAAGAUGAUUACUGCAUAGCAAAUCUUUGGGGAAAAUGCAUGCCUGAUUACAGCUCGUUUUGCAGAUCAAUGUCUUAUCCCCUGCACCAUUUAAUGUCCAUAGAUUGGGAGCACUUUGUUAGAUUCAUUUGAUUACAGGGCAAAAAAGGCCUUACUAGUUUUGAACACAUUUAAAAGUACAUACAGAAUGGAAAGUAUUUCUCUAUCCAACACAUUUCUUUGAACAAACACUGAUAUUUUGGUGCUUAACAUUCGCAGUGUUGCCAUAGCCACUACCAUUCUUUAACUACGGAUUACUUGGGGCUAUUCCUGCCUUAGCAUUCAAACACAUCUUCCUGGUUUUUACUGCAGAACAAACCUGAGAUCAGACCUUUUUGUAUCUACUUGCUUUGUGUAAUUUCUGACUCUGAUGUUUGAAACUGGUUCCUUCUAGGACGGUCACCUGUAUCAGUAGAUGACAGCUCCAUACUCCAAAAUGUUGGGUUUAUACAUUGUCAGUUUACUUUUUUUUCCUGGGGGUUGUCUGUGUGCAUUACAACUGUUUGUAACCAUAUCAUGGUAGCAGACAUGUUGGAUAUAAUACAUAUUUUACCGCUGCAGUCUGAAAAUGGCUGAAUGUACUUUUUGCAGUUCUAUAUUCCCCCCCCCCCAAACCACUUAGUUGAGAGAGAGAGCGAGAGAGCUUUGUGGAUUUUAGAUAUGGCUACAUUUUUCAAGACUUGCAGUGUAAAUGUCAGCAAACAUUUUUGAUCUUUUACAAAAUUAUAUCCUGCACCUUUUUGAAAAAUCAGUUUACUUGUGUACAGGUGAUCCAUCAUUCAGCAUUCAUCAAUUGCUCAUACCUUUGGAUAUCUAUUUGGUUUGUGGGAUGUUUAUAUGGUUGUUUUGAGAGAUGUUGCACCUGGAGUCACAAGCUUGCUGUUGAAAACAUCUUUUACAGCCAUGUCAUUCUGCCACAGUGUCACUGGGCUUAAAAUCAGCAUAUUCAGAAAACCCCCAUCAUCCAUCUACACAUUUCAGUUGAAUCUGUGUCUUUGAAAGCUGUAAAUGUUGUUGUUGUACCUUUUUAGUUAAUAAUAAAAUUGUGAUUUAAAAAAUAUCCUCUGUUAAUUUGUGAGCAUUUGAGGUUAAGAAACUAUUUCAGCCCAGUAUCCACUAAACCUUUAGGAGAUAUGGCUACAAUUCAGUGA